UUCCAGUACGCUCGCUCAUCGGAUGUCGGCAGUGCUGUCAGUGGAGCAAGCUUCUACACUGAUGAACUCGGCAUUUACCCCAGUGGCAGCUGUGCCCGCUGUGCGACGGGGUCGGCCACGGAAGUACCCCCCAAAAGAAGCAAGGGGACACCAAAAUGCAGCACGGUGGGCAGAAAGUCUGGCGCUCGUUUCAACAAGGCGUUUCAACGAGGCGUCUGUGCAGAAUACUUUCGCAUUCCCACAUGCACUCUCGCAACAGGUGGUUGCAGUUCCUUCCCCGUCAAACCAUGCGGCAGUUGCACUGCCUGCACCAGUCACCAUGAAUCCAGAGUCGUCCUCACAGCCACCACUACAAUUUCCAUUGGGCAGCGUGCCACCACAGUUUCCAUUGGAAACCGCACCACCACUGCCACCACCACCACCACCGCUGUCUAGAUUCAAAAGCCUGAUCGACAACUUGGCUCUUCGGUACUGCUGGGAGGAUGCCAUCCACAAGGAGCUGAAAUGCGUUGAGCAAGGAAUGGAAUCUGCUCGUGCUGCUCUGGAGGAACUCGAGGGUAAAAAGCAGGAGCUACUUGCAGCAGAAGCACAAGUCAGGGACAAAAAGCUGGGCAUACUGCAGUGCUUACAAGAAGCAACUUCUACGAAGCCAGAGGACGGCCAGCUGGCCGAGAGUGCGGCAUCUACAAAGGUGCACCCACCACUUGACACUGGUGGCACAAGGCUGAUGGAUACCGUCUCACAGGUCCUGCCAGAUCAUGCCCCUUCUUCGGCUGUGGCUCAACAGAUUCUUACUGGAAACCACACGGUCAAGGUUGAAGUGAUCGAGCUUGAUUAAUCAUGGUUGCAAGCUUUCAGGGCCCAUGGAAAGCAUGCUGUGAACUGCAAACUAUCUCAAAUGCAAGCCAGUCUCCGAAAGCCUGUGAUAGACCACGUUGUGCCUGAUGAUUUUUCAACAUCAGUUUCAAUUCGCCAUGAUUUAAUGAUCUGUCAGUCAUGGCUUUCUUUGCUGUGAUAGCGUAAAGCCAUUAUUUCCUCAAUGUCUUUUCAAAACAGGGCCUUUGGAACACGAGCCAUUCGUGCUUUGGAAAACCUCUGUCCAUUAUCUAUUGUUUGUGUCUUUGUGUGUGAUAGUAGAAAUAUUUAUUUUAUCUGGUACCACUUAUAGUGCCUAUGUUUAUUUUCUUUGAAUGUCAAACAGACUUUCAAAAAAUUUCCUUUGACAAAUAGUAAUGCUGUUCCAUCACUUCUCGUGGAUUACUGGAUGGGAAGGACAUGGACCGUAUUUGCAUUUGCAGUUUUAAUGUCCCGGUAGCUUGUUAAAAGGUUUCACCAGUCAAGUAAUUACUUUAGGGCUGUUGCAAUCGCCUAAGUAAAGUUGAGUAGUGGUGAAGCCACAACUUCCUAGCAGAAAACUUACACCAGUUUCCGAGAGAUUCUCCCCAAAAUCGGCUUAUUGGAGGUCCACUUUAGGCUGAUAGAAUGUAACGGUUCUGUGUACCUUUUUGAGCUUUGUCAUUGGUCCAUGUAGCGCUCUGCUUAAGUUAUCACUAGGAUCAGCCAAUCAAAAGUGGUUAAUGAUGAAAAAGGAAUAUAUUCAAGGUAAAAGAAACCUUUACAUUGUACCGGCCUUAGUUUCAUAUCAGAAUGUGGAAGGAAGGCUCUGGGGAAAAACUAUUAACCAGAACACGAGUAUAUCUCAUAGCUUAUUUUGAUAAGAGAUAUCUCAGAACUUGUGCUUGACUCAGGAUUUUCGCUCUCCAGAUAAGAGGAUUUCACUACUGCCUGGCUUCAAUUUUGCAGUUGCAACAUGUGUUCUGAGUGAAUAAUUAAAAGGUCAAUUCACAUAAGUUUGUUACCUAGCCAUCUUUAUUCUGCAAAGUCUGUUACCUAGCCAUCGGAACAUAACUUAUUCUGUAAAGUCCACUCCUUGAGCUAAUCCACCCGAAGAGGCUGAAUUGCUCAUGCCACAUGCAAUUUUUAAAAGAUAUGCAAGAAAACAAACAAACAUGGUAUAUGUUAUGUGUUCUUCAGUUCUUCACAUCUUGUUUUUACCAAGUGACCUUCUAGGAGCCAUUACACAAAGUGUCAGGAUGCCUGCAACUUGUAAUAAGCUCACAAUUUGUGAUAAUGUACUGCCAGGCCUUUGAAGGACCUCACCUAUUAAUUUUCAUAGCCAUAUGCCAUUGUGCUUGCUAUGUUCUUCAUUAUUUUAUCGGAUUCAUUUUGACUUGCCCACAUGUGCAAGACGUCCAUGUGGUGUUUCAUGUGAUGUCUUAUUUGUUGUUGUUUCUUUAGUUUGACCUGUCUUUUUGUUUCUGCUGGAUUUGUUUAUUGUGUGACCAUCAAGUCAUUUACAUCUUGUCAGAUGUUGCUAGGACCAAAAGGAAAGAACACUGUUUAAGCCAAAAAGAGAAUGUAAUAUAAUCCAAUGGUUUGCCUUAAAAUGCAGCUGUUACUAGCUUGAGCUAGCUCUGGCUGGUCUUAGCUCUGUUUAGGGAAAGAAAGUGGCUGGACCCAUUGAGCUGAUUUGAUUAGGUUGACUGAGUGUUGAAACAUCCUUCGUUUUCUAUUCUUGUGGUCACAUUCAAAGAUUGGCCAAAGAUUGGCUUGUUCUUAUUUACGUGCUAGUACUCAUAAGCUUUUAAAUGCUAGUCAUUUUUAUUCUUGUUAUUACUUUUGUCAGUUUGUUUUGUUGUCACGACAUGGCAUGCAGCAAGAUCUGCACAAUGAAACAAAUGUGCAUGUUAGCCCAAAAAUAGAUGUUAUGAGAGACACGAAUGUAAUUUUAUGGUUGUAAUUAAUAAACCAUGUGUUCUUUAUAUACCA